CUUUUUGCAGGGAGAAGGCAGCCUCUCAAGCUGGGCUGAGCCAUGCCUUCCUCUCCGGCUCCAGGGCAAACAGAAGCACCCCUCCCAGGGACCACUGUGGUUUUUGAAGCCGUGAAGGCCAAACUACAACGCUGGGGCCGGCGGAGCUGCCUCUGGCUGUUGGCAGGAUUGUACAGAUGGUGGCCGGCUUGCUUGACCCCUCCUUUCCAUUACAGGCUGCUCUUUGGGAUGCUGUAUCCUGCCUAUGCCUCCUACAAGGCUGUGAAAACAAAGAAUAUCCGGGAAUAUGUGCGCUGGAUGAUGUAUUGGAUUGUGUUUGCCCUAUUCAUGGCUACAGAAACUGUGGCUGAUAUCUUCAUUUCCUGGUUUCCCUUCUACUACGAGAUCAAGAUGGCCUUUGUAGUAUGGCUCCUGUCUCCUUAUACAAGGGGGGCAAGCCUGCUGUACCGCAAGUUCAUACAUCCUACAUUAUCUCACAAGGAGAAGGAAAUCGACCAAUUCAUUGUGCAAGCCAAAGAGCGUGGCUAUGAGACUCUGGUGAGCUUUGGGAAGAGAAGCCUAAAUGUGGCGGCCACAGCUGCUGUCCAAGCUGCAGCCAAGAGCCAGGGUGCCCUGGCUGGCCGACUGCGGAGCUUCAGCAUGCAGGACCUGACUUCGAUUCCUGAUACAAGCCCGGUUCACUUUUCGGAUCCCCUUUACCUGGAAGAGCAGGAGCCGCGGCCACCAAGAACGCCUCGUCCUGUCAGACACAGGACUGCUGCCCGACAGGUAGAGUAUGACAGCAACGAGGAGGACUGCUGGUCAGAUUCUCAACUCUCCCCUGGGCCCAAAGGCCGCAGCAAGGACUCUUUGAUUUCCAAGCCACUGUCUAGGACUCAGAGCCUUCGGAUGGUGAAGAAAAAGCCUUUGACCAAGGAGAGUUCCACUCGACUGGUGAGAAGCCGCCCAAGGAAGAAGGUGGUGGAUCAGGACAGCUAGGCUGCUUCAGAGAACUUUCUUGGGCAAAUGAAUUGGCACGUGGCAUGGGGAAUGGUGCUUCACAACUUGUAUUGCUGACCCUGUUAAGGGAGCUGGGAGUAGGUUCCCACCCCUGCAAUUGGACACAGUCAAAGUUGCCCCUAAUGAGUUGCUUCUCAGUGCAAGUAACGGUUUUUACCCUCCUGAAAUUAGCCCCUUCUGGGGAGAUGAUGACAGCUGGGUUUUUUUUGAAAUGCGCCUCUUCUUGGUUGCGGGGGGAACAACUGAGGAGGAAUCUGGUUACUGGCUGGCAACCUUGUGUGCUAUUGGCAGCUGAGCUGUUGGCAGCCUUGGUACUUCCUGUCCCUUGGUGGGGUUAGCUCUCUUGCCUGUGCGCCCCUCCCAUGGUGCCUUGACUUAAAAUAGUGACAACAGUUUUUCCUUGCUGACUCUUGAACUGUGUCUGAGUAUCUUGCUCAAUUCAGGUGUUUGUAUCAAGAACAGUCACCUCCCCCACCAUCACGUGUCCUCACCACCACAACUUCAUGGAAGUCUUGAAGUGGCAGAAGAACAAGGGCAGCUUGGUGCAUCAGCAUGCAGAAGUUGGGACGUUAUAAAAAAAGACUGGUGCAACAAUUUGCUGAACUUUGAGCAGAUGUCCCUUCCAGCUUGUUUACAGCAUCUCAGAAACUUGUUGUGUUGCCUUGCUGCUUAAGAGUUGCAAGGGGAGAAAGCCAGAACCUUGCAACUAAAUGUCCUCCCCUUUUUUGGGUCUCUGUCCCCAAAGAGCCAGACUUGGUUAUCUAACAUGAUUUGAGUUAUGUUGUAUUUUGAGUGUGUUUUGAAUGUAUAUUAAUUAAAUAUGUGUUCUUAAAUCUAA